AUGCAGUCGAAGAGGCUUACCACUGAGCCUCCAUGUAUAACAGAAGAAGUGCUUGAAGAAUGCUUAGCCACAGAUGAUAUGCUUGUGGACUACUUUAACGAAUUUUUGAGUCUUCCGACUUUUGCCCAGCCAAUUAAGUUUAACUCUGACUUUGGGGUUUUUGAAGUAGUUAAUGAUGCCCCACAAUGCCUGGAAAGCCAACUGAAAAAAAUUCUACAUGAUCAGAAACCUCCAAACCCCAUUUAUGAUGUUCUAAGGAAAGGAAAGAAUGAUGGGCAGUUCUCCAAAAUGCGCAGCGCUUCUCCAGCCUUCAAUAUUGAUCCAAAUUACAACACUAUGUGUCUUGAUCGAGAACAAGCAAUGCAGUGGAUUAAGAAAGAAAGACUUCCAGCAUUUCUAGAAAGCGACUGUUACUUUGAAUACAGGCUAGCUAAAUUGAUAUCACAGGUAGAAUGGAGCAAGACUGGCAUUAAUUUCAUUGUAGAUAGUGACUAUUAUCCCUGGAUAAAGAAGAGAGACCCAAGUUCUCCCUCUCGUGAGGAAGAUGACACUUCAUUGACUAUGAAGAAGUUCUACAUAUCGCUUGGUCAGGCUACGGUUUCUCAGACAAAGGAUUGGUUUACAUUAGCAAAACAAAGUGAAUCCAUGAAAACUACAGAUUCACUUAUGCAUCCUGUGGCUUCUAGUCAAAUUCAAGAUAUUCAGUGUUUACCUGGGCAGCAUGAAAGAAACGAUUCAUUAAUUGAAAAAGAUAGCCUUCUGGGUAAGACAGCAUCAGCAAAAGCUGAUAUUAUCAGGGAGGGAUCCAGAGAGGCUGAGGAGGGUUCUUCUGUGGCCAUUGCUGAACCUCAUUCCCACACUCAGUUAAGAGCAUAUCUAGACCUGAAAUGGGACAGCGCAGCAAAAGAAGAAAAUGGACAGGAAAGCACAACUUUUCAAACACCACAAAAACUCAUACCAGCUUAUACUCAAUUUGUAAUGAAGGAACCCAUUUCAGAACUGACCCACCAGCCACCUGCUGACAUGGAGAGCUUGGACUCCAAGGGAGAUGUAAGAGAACGAGAUACUGAAGAAGUAAGCUUAAGAUCAAGUUCUGAAAGUGAUGGCGCAGACAGUAGGGCUGCCUGGUGUAUUAGUCACAGGACUUAUGACACUGGCAACAGACAUGAGUUUGAAAGGUUCAAGAAGUUCAUUAAAGGAACACUUGGGGAGAGGUACUGGUGGCUCUGGAUGGAUAUUGAAAGACUAAAGGCUCUUAAGGACACUACAAGGCAGCAAAGGCAACUCAGUAAGAUGAAAAAACUCUAUCUGCUGAGCAACGGCGACUAUUUCCUCAGUUCAGAAGUCUUACUCAGACUUGAUCUACUGCAUGGAGAUCAGUGGAAUAUAAGGCAUUUAAGACGGAUUCAGCCUGAAGUAGUGAAACCUCUACUUCUUUACUGGGGUCCCAGAUUUUGUGUGACUCAUUCAACAGCAAUAGAAACUGCCAGUGCAAAACUGAAGCUCUGGCACACAUGCCAAGAGAGACCAAGGGUGGACAUUGAUCCUUUUCCACAAAUGGUAUCAUUGCUACCAUUGACACCUAAGUCUUGCAAGCCCAGGAUACACCCUUCCCUUCCUCAGGGGAAAAGUGCUGCUGGCAGUGUUGUCUUAGGGGGAUCAAGAAUGGAAAGCAUGCUGCAGUCUCUUUAUUUGGAGAACAGAGCAGGCUACUACUUCACACACUUCUGUGAGAAGUCAGGGAAUAAGUUGUGGAAGAACAGUGCGUACUUUUGGUUUGACCUACAGGCUUAUCAUCAGCUUUUCUACCAAGAAACUGUUCAUCCUUUUAAAAUACGCAAGCAAGCUCAAUUCCUUUAUGCAACUUACAUUGCCCCAUCUGCCAGUAUGGACAUUGGACUUCAUCAGAGUAAGAAAAACAUUAUUUAUCAGAAAAUUGACCCAGCUUUUGAGGAUCUUUUUGACCCAGCUGAAGAAUACAUCCUCACUGUUCUGCUAGAACCGUGGAUGAAGAUGGUGGAAGCAGACAAACACACUUAUGGAAAGGUGGAGUUGGUGGAAGAAACUCGACAGCUGGACUCCGUGUACUUUAGAAAGCUCCAGGCUUUGCAUCAAGAGAGUGGUUCCAAGAAGGAUGAGAGUACUGUUGCUGACAGUGGUCUGCCAUCCUGCCCUGAUGCUCUCAAAGAAGACUUGUGUCAAGUUCCGAAAGAAUUGGCAUAUCCUCAACUAUCUGACCUGAUCCACGACAAAGAGAAGUUACAACAGUUCUGGACUUUUCUUAAUGAGCAUUCUGCUGGCAUGGAUCUCAUGUGCUGGCUAGAUAUUGAACAGUUUAGAAAGAUGCUCCACGAGGAUAAAGAAAAAAGGGAGGAAAAAUCUAAGGACAUUACAAACAAGUACUUAAAUAAAAAAUACUUCUUUGGACCCAACAGCCCAGCUACCAGAGAACAACAAGAACAGCUAAUGCAUUCAGGUGGAGGAUGGGGACAAAUCCUUCAUGAUCAACUUUCGGCAGCGGUUCUGCUAGAAAUUCAGCAAUGCGUCCAGAAGAGAUUAGAAAAACAAUGGCUGCCAUUGUUCCUGGCAGAUGAGCACCAUGGGGCGGAGGGACAAGCAAAGACAAGGGACAUAACUGAAGAUCUUCCAUGCCAAAAACAGGAGAAGACAACCAGGAUGUGGAAGCAUGUGGACAAUAAGUGGGUUUCUUCAUCUAGUGAAAUAAUUGCUUUCCGCAAAGCGCUGUUGAAUCCAGUGACAGCAAAUCAGUUUCAACGCUUUGUGUCACUGAAAGGAGACCUACUGGAGAAUGGAGUGCUCUUUUGGCAAGAGGUACAGAAGUAUAAGGACUUAUGCCAUUCUCAUUGUGAUGAUGCCACAGUCCAGAAAAAGAUCACAGCUAUUAUCGACUGCUUUAUUAAUUCCACCAUACCCCCAGCUUUGCAGAUUGACAUCCCAGCUGAACAAGCAAAGAAGAUUCUGGAGCGCAGGAAAGAACUAGGACCUUACAUUUUUAGAGAAGCACAGAUGACUAUUUUUGCUCUUCUGUUUAAAUUUUGGCCAAAAUUUUGUAAGUUUCGAAGCAAUUUGGCUAGUGACAAAAUUCUACUUGCCUUGGAGAGAAAAAAGGGAAAAAAAAUGCGAAAGAAGGAAGGCAAAACAGCAGAGGGUAAAGAAGCGGGGACAAAACUCAACGGUCUGUCAAGCAGUGCUUUGGUCAAUGCGAUUGGUGUGGAGAGAGGACCAGCAUCAUUUUCAGAUGGAUAUGGGUGGCAGGCUUCCUGGUCCUAUUCCAAGUACAUAGAAGCCUUGGAGCAGGAGAGAAUACUCCUUAAAAUGCAAGAAGAUCUGGAGAAAAACUCAUCAUCAUUCCUUACAGGUGCUUCAUCUACGUCCUUUCCAAAGCCUGGAAAUUCUGAAAAAUCCACCAUUUCUCCAAAGAGUAGUGCAAUUUUGGAGAAAAACUCAAAUCUUCCCAAGAAGCAGAAACUCGGCCUGGCCCAGCUCAGCCCCACAGGCCUCGACAAGGCCGCUCCAUGUGCCCGCCUCCGCUGGGCACCGCACCCGGGUGUAGCUGGAGUGCACAGUGGGGACAGAGCAGGGCCUCGGCAGCGGGCAAGCCGGCCCGCAUGGUGCUCGCCACCCUGCCGAGGGUCUUCGGUGCCUGAGGAAAUAUAG